AAUACUUUUCUGAUUAUGAUUGUUACUUCUAGUCAGUAGGUAGAAUAUACAAAAGAUAAGACUUUGUUUUUUUAUUUCGUCGUUUUCAAAAAGUUCAUUCAACAAUUAUGCAUUUCUUGAAGGCAUGUGCCAUUAUGACAUCAAUAGAAAUAACAAACGCCUAUUGUACAUAUGAGUCUUGGGGGACCAGUUUUGAUUCUCCAGGUCAGUCUACAUGCCAAGAAGUGAACUACUAUAUACAAGGACUAGAUAGAAACGAUUUGAAAAUUGAUGAUCAAAUCAAUCUCUUAGAAGGAGUAAAGUGUUGCAGCGCCCCGUCUCAAUGGUCAAAUAACGAGGAACAGGUCGUAUACGGUGACUGGACAGUAACUUUUGAUCACAAUGACAUAUGGGCUAACUGCCCGGAGGGAUUCUUUCUUCAGGGUUUGCAACGAUCAUCUACAGGAAGUCCAAACUACGCAGGAUACUUACAUAACAUUGAAUAUGCAAGAUGCACUAAGCCAGCCAAUCAUCCUUUCUACUAUGAGAAAUGCUAUGUCAAGGAGAUUAACUUUAAUUAUAAAGGUAUUUUUUCUUGCAACGAGGACUACUAUGUAAGUGGUCUACACAGAGGUAGCUGUGAUAACUUGUAUUGUGUAGAUAGGCUACAAUGCUGUAAGAUGGCUAAUGUACCAGAGGAAAUAAUUGAUGAACAUAAACUGAAGACAAAGAUUAUGGACACAACAUUGUCGAAUUUGGCUUACUUGGCAGCCGUCCUGGGAUACGGUUGGUGCCUUGGCACAAAAGGUAUCUAUGUAGGAGAAGAUUUUUAUAGAGAAGGAGAUUCCUGGGUGGCUGACUCGAGGCUCUUUUGGCCGAACACUAGAUGCGAAGGUUACAAGUGCAAUGAAAGACUCGCCAUUGAUUAUACAGGAUGGACUUUAGCUGCAAAGGAAAUUAUAUAUGGAGAACAUGUUGUUGAUGAAUUGAAACCAGAAACUAUAGACACUGGCGUAGAAUAUAACCACAUGAAUACUAGCUCAACAAAACUAUUAGAACGUUCACAAACAGUGACUGAAACAAUUCAACAUUCAACGACCAGCAGUUGGAAGAAUAGUCUUGAAUAUUCAGUUUCACUCAAUUUUGACUUAUUUGAUAUCUUAAAAAUAUCAGCCACCUAUAAAACAACUUUCGAGUAUACAUCUUCAACAACAAAUGAAAAUAGCCUAAUGAAGGCAAGUACGUUCAAAGUAUCUACGACUCAAACUAUUCCUCGCCGUUCUGCUGUGAAGUAUACCGUGGUGUUAGGAAAAACUAGAACAACAGUUCCUUAUACGGCUGUUAUCAUUGCAAAGUUCAAUGUUAAAUUUCGAGGAUUCUUGAGAUGGGGAGGAGGCUCUUCUAGUACUACAACCAAUUAUCAUUACCUACAUAAAGGAAGCGGAGAUAGACCCAGCAUACCUUACACUUUUGGAGAUCAAUCUGAAGCUUUCUACGCUGCUCUUAAACGUCAAAGCGAACAUCAAGCUAGACCUUGGUUGUGGAAUGAGAUGAUUAAUAACUAUCCUUCUGCACGUCAUUUAAUUAACAGACUUACAGAUGAAAGUCAGUAUGAAUUUACUUUAAGUGGAAAGCUGGAACAUGUCGCCGGUACAAAGAUAGAUGUAAUCUGGGAGAACGCCAGACUAAAUCGACGAUCAGUUCCUGACAAAAGAAAAUCCAACAUAUCACAUCUUGCUUACAGCUCCUUCUUUGCUACAGUGGGGCCAAAGGACAAGUCUGUAGAUGUCAAGUAUCCAAAAGUUGAGUUAGCAAAUGCAGAGUUAUUUAAACAAGAAUCUAUUCUAUUAAAUCCAAACACCACUUAAGUAAUUUUAUAGAAAUUGGUUUGUUGAGUUAUUGUUUUCUUGGUCAUUUAACUUAAUAUAGAUGUCGCUUUUACUUUCUUAAAAAGUUCAAUAUUAUUUUAGUUUCUUAACUUCUAAUACAUUAAUAAUCAAUCAAAUACUAAAUACUAAUUAGUUGAAAAUUGAAUGUUUUUAAUUUUCUGUGUAAAAUCACACAAGAAAAAACCCAACUACUUAAAUAUAUAUUUGUACAGUAAUUAUAGUUAUGCUAAUGUUGAUUUUUUUUUUUUUGAUUUUGUUAUUUUGGUUUAAUUCU